AUUCUGAUUCUGAUUCUGAUUCUGAACAAGAAAACAUUUGUCUGAUAGGCGCUAGUAGCUGCCAAUCAUCCGUUCUUCCACCAAGUAUCUUGUACUGUGCGUGUGGGCGUAAAAAAUAGGCGUAAAUGUUUCUGUCCUCCUGAUUGGUGCGCCCACAUCCCAGGCCUUGUUUGAUAAUACUGAUUCUUCCACAACACUGAGAGAGGAAAGGACGAGGGCGGAGUUUUUCAUUUAGAUAUAUGCGAGUCCCCUCUGAAACCCUGCGGAGGAGUUAGUCACACUAUCUUGAACAAAACACCAAAGUUUUAGGACCGAAAAUUCCUGUGCAUCCUGUGCUUCUUCAGUGUUUGUGCUGUCAAGGGGAUGUCAGCAGCCUGUCUUGCGCGCCUCACAAGGUGCAGUGGUCCUUAUGUUGGUCGCAGUGGUCUUUUACCUAUCAGCAUUUUCCAGCAGGACAGCCAUCUCCAGUUCGCACUCUUCCCGAGAAAACUUCACAGCCCAUCAGGAAGACUGCACAGCAACACACGCUUUGAUGCAGACGGCAGCGGCCGUCCCACUACAUGGGAUUCAUUUGGCAUCUGGGACAAUCGCAUUGAUGAGCCCAUCCUGCUGCCUCCCAGCAUUCGCUAUGGCAGACCUAUUCCCAAAGUCAGUUUGUCAAGAGUAGGCUGUGCCUCACUCAUUGGUCAGCGCAAGGAGAAUGAAGACCGCUUCCAGGUCUCUCAAAUGACUGACAGCAUCCUGUACUUUGCUGUGUUUGAUGGACAUGGAGGGCCAGAAGCAGCUGACUUUUGUGAAAAAUAUAUGGAGAAAUUCAUCAAGGACCUAGUGACAAAAGAGUCUGACCUGGAUUUAGUUUUAACAAAAGCUUUCCUUGAAGUAGACAAAGCUUUUGCAAAGCACUUACACUUCACUCCGAAAGUACCCGGGGUGAAUGCAGGAACCACGGCCACUGUGGCCCUGCUGAGGGACGGUAUUGAGCUGGUGGUUGCCAGUGUGGGUGAUAGCCGGGCCAUGCUGUGUCGCAAGGGCAAGGCUGUUAAACUCACCGUCGACCACACUCCUGACAGGAAGGAUGAGAAAGAGAGGAUAAAGAGAAGUGGGGGUUUUAUCACCUGGAAUAGUCUGGGGCAGCCAAAUGUCAACGGGCGGUUGGCCAUGACGCGUAGCAUCGGAGACUUUGACCUGAAGAACAUGGGGGUCAUUGCCGAGCCGGAGACCAAAAGAGUAUCGUUGUACCAUGCCCAUGACUCGUUCCUGGCGCUGACCACAGAUGGUGUUAACUUCAUUAUGAACAGCCAAGAGAUCUGCAACAUCAUCAACCAGUGCCCAGACCCCAAGGAGGCCGCUCAGAGAAUAUCUGACCAGGCUCUUCAUUACGGCUCUGAGGACAACAGCACAAUUAUCGUGGUGCCUUUCGGGGCUUGGGGAAAACACGAAGGUUCAGACUCAAGUUUCUCCUUCAGCAGAAGUUUUGUAUCCAGCGGUCGCUGGGCAUAGUCAGAAGAGCAUUGGAUGAAAAUUAGCAGGUCUGUGGACCGCGUUAUGUGUGCAAUACAAUCGAACAAUGGUGCCCUUGUGGAAAUAGUUGUCUUCCCAAACAUUGAUAUCUAUGGGUUCUAAAAUGUUAUCCAGAUGUUAUUUUGAGCAGCAUGGUAUUAAUUAGCCUCAGUGGGUUGAGGGGCGGUGGAUUCAUGUUGUGCACUAAAUGUAAAACAUCCUCCCUAAAGGGUUUUAUCUACUAGAACACCAAUGAUCUAACAGGUGCUUAAAGCUAAGUGUUGGAAUGGAAGGCAGAAAGUCAUUAAGCCCUGCAGUCACAUAGUGUGCUCUACACUUGCAAAGACUUCAAGAGUAAGUCUUACUGUCUGCCAUUAAGAUAUUUUAUUAGAUGUUCAGCUGUUCAGAACUCCAAAGUUUGCACUUUUUAACAUAACUUGAAAAAGUUGCAUUUUCAAAAAAAGCAAAAGUUUCAUUUGAUUUUUACCAGUUGUUUCAAGCCUACCGUCUUUAAUUGGUUUCGGACCCUUUUCAGCAUAAACACUUGAAAUACAAGCUUUGAUCAAAGUGGGAAAACACAGUAAGUGAACUGCAUUUGUCAAAUGAUUUGAAUGAGUGGAGUUCUUGGGUGAUAAUACAAGUCAUAAAUGGAACAUCGAGACAUGUAAACAGCUGUAAUGUAAGUAUCACUAGGCUGAGUGAACUGUUUGUGGCUGUAUGUCAGUUCAGGAGUUUUCACUUACACUUACUGUUCAAAUAACACCAUAAAGCAUUAAUGCUCUAUUGCACAAUCCUGAUGGUUUGGUAAACUAGUGUGAAUGGAGCUGUGUGAUGCUGUGUCAGUGUCAAAGUUUGACAUUCAAAUAGAUAUUCAUGUUCUGCAAUUUAUAUAUUGCGCAUGCUUGUAUAAAUGCUAAUAUGUGUAUUUAGUUUAAACCGGACUUGUUAGGGCACCAGAAGGUGUUCAGGGUACAGAAAUGUACAGUUUAUUUUUUGUAAAUAAUUAUAUUUAUGUACAUCUGGAAUACUGUAUAACUUGUUUAGAAAGACUCUCGUGUCAUUAUUUCCCAAACACACAGGAACUUAGCUUAAGUGCUUGUAUUGUGUAUGCUACAUUGUUUUGACUGUAACUCAGUUACAAUCAGUAAUUUUUGAUUUACACCACUCAGAAAGAGCAAAGCACACAGAAUGCAACACUAAAGAGUUGUUUGGUGAAGAGCCAUGUAUGACAAUGUGAAUGAUUGCCCUUCAUAAUAAAGGAAUACAGUCAAAGUAACAGAGUAAUUAAGCUGUAUAGGCUCUUUGCCUAAUUUCUUCAAUCAUUUCCAAUACAAGGCAGAUAUAAAUGGUACAAAUGUUGUUAUAGGUCUUUGUUUUGUGGUGGUUGAAGCCAGAUAAAUACACCACUUGGUAUUUAUCAGCAUCGUUUGACUAUGUAGUCAUCAUUUUAUCAACACCGUGUAAAACUAUUUUGUAAAUGCAUUUUUCCUCAUUUGAAUGAAACCUUGAUUUAUUAUAAGAAUUCUCUUAUAAGUAAAACGUCCUCCUCACAAGCCUCCUCAACUGUAAAAUCUAUCUGUCACAGCCUGUUUGCUCUUUAUUUACUGUAUUUUGUUCCUUUUCCUUUCAAAUGUGAGUAUUUUAGCUGUGGACCUGGACCUAAAUGUUACAGUUUUAACAGCGAUCUGUAAGUAAUGUAUUAUUGAAUGGCUUGUGACACCUCAAUAAAAAAAACUACUUGAAAGUUGUCCAUGUUUAA